ACCGCUGCAUCAUGAAGACACAUCUCCUUCUGCUCUGGGUCUGUGUUUUGCGUCCCGGUCCUGCCUGCUGCUGGCACGACUUGGACAACAGCGAGUACGACUGCUGGCCUCUGGACGGACCGAAUGAAAAUAACAUGAUCGACUGUGGAGGUCUGGAGAUGGCCUGGGUGAUGCGACCUCCGGAGGUGGUCAAGAGCGGCCAGCCCUUCUAUGUCACGUACUCGGUCACAGCACAGGACUCCUUCUACCACUGGGCUGUCAAAGAAGGCGUCUUCACGCACAGCUCCAUCAGGAGUGCCGAAGAAGCUCGGCGGUUCUGCGAGCAUCACGACUGUCCCGCCAACUGGAAAGAUGCUGACGGAGACAACUGCUGCAUUCAUCACGCCAACAUCCACUCCUGCCCCUUGGUGCACAUGACGUCAGACAGCAUCUGUGGUCCCUGGAUACCUGACGACGGCAAGAUCUUCACUCACACCAUCUCAACCUCAGGCAAGAUGACGCAGACGAACUGGACCGCCAAGGUGGUUCUGGUCCACGCUGGUCUCACGUCACUCAUCGCUCACAUCCGUGUUGGACAGAUGCAGGUGGCUCUGGAGGCCAAGAGCACCGUGCUGCCUGCUGUCGUUUGCGGCGACGGCGUGUGCGAGGAGGCGGAGCUUUGCUCCACCUGUCCGGCCGACUGUGGCGACUGCCCCAUGAGUCCAUCGACCAAGGUGGCCAUCGGCCUCCCUCUGAGCCUGCUCUGCCUUUGCUUGGUCCUGGCCGCCGUGUGGCUGAGGUAUCAGAAGCAGAAGCUGCUGUGGGACGAGAGCUGGAUCAUUGACUUCUUCCAAAUAAAACAAGAUCCGGACGCUGGUCUGACCAUGGGCAGCAUCAUAAGCUGCCCGGUGGGGAACAGUGACAGUAACACCAGCUGUGUGACUGCACUCAGCUCCUGCACCGGUCAGCCAGGGCCCCGAAAACCUCUCUUCACCUGCACCGGGAUCUACGACGGCAGAACUGUGGCCAUCAAGAGGAUCCAGACCAAGUCCUUCUCUCUUUCCAAAACCAUCAGGCAGGAAGUGAAACAAGUCAGGGAGCUGGAUCACCCAAACCUUUGCAAAUUCAUUGGCGGCUGCAUUGAGGUUCCGAAUGUUGCCAUAGUGACGGAAUAUUGCCCCAAAGGAAGCCUUAAUGACGUCCUUCUGAACGAAGAGAUCCCACUCAACUGGGGCUUCAGGUUUUCCUUCGCCACAGACAUCGCCAGAGCAAUGUCCUACCUGCACCAACACAAGGUCUGUCACGGUCGACUCAAGUCUCUCAACUGCGUGUUGGAUGAUCGCUGGGUCUGCAAAAUCACAGAUUAUGGUCUGAGGACGUAUCGCAGAGACGAAGGGGCAGAGCCGCCGUCCGACUAUCAGCAGAGGCUCCUGGAGGUUUACAUGCCCCCGGAGUUUCAGUGCACCAUGCUGGAGCCCACCUUGGCUGGAGAUGUGUUCAGCUACUCCAUCAUUCUGCUUGAGAUUGCCACACGCAGUGACCCUGUUCCCGCAGAUGAGUCCAAUCUGGAAUGUGGCUGGUGUCCUCCUCUCCCCGAACUCAUCUCCAGCAAAGCUGACAACUCCUGCCCCUGCCCGGCCGACUAUGCCGAGCUGAUCCGGCGAUGUCGUGCUCACAACCCCGCGCAGCGACCGACAUUCGAGCAGAUCAAGAAGUUUGUCCAUCGAAUCAACCCGAUCAAAGUCAGCCCCGUGGACAUGAUGAUGAACCUGAUGGAGAAGUACAGCAAACAUUUGGAGGUGCUGGUGGCAGAGCGGACGCAGGAUCUGAUGCACGAGAAGCAGAAGACGGAUCGACUCUUAUACAGUAUGCUGCCGCGACAGGUCGCAGACGACCUGCGACAGGGGAAGCCAUCGCAGGCUCAGAGCUACGUCAGCGCCACCGUGUUUUUCAGUGACAUCGUGGGCUUCACCCAGCUGUCCAGCAGCAGCACGCCCUACCAGGUGGUGGACUUCCUUAACAAGCUGUACACCACCUUCGAUGACAUCAUCGAUAACUAUGACGUGUACAAGGUGGAGACCAUCGGAGAUGCUUACAUGGUGGUGUCAGGUGUUCCCCUUGAGAACGGCAUUCUUCACGCGUCAGAGAUCGCUCGGAUGGCUCUGGACCUGGUGGCCGUCUGUCGCACCUUCAGGAUCCCACACAAGCCCAACACCCAGCUGCAGAUUCGAGCCGGGAUCCACUCAGGUCCAGUGGUCGCUGGAGUUGUUGGUACCAAAAUGCCUCGCUAUUGUCUGUUCGGAGACACAGUCAACACGGCGUCCAGGAUGGAGUCCACCAGUCUUGCACUGAAGGUCCAGUGCAGCUCCAGUGCCUUCUACUUGCUGGAGGAGAUCGGAGGCUUCAUCCUGGAGUGUAGAGGCAUGAUGCAGGUCAAGGGAAAGGGUGACAUGGUGACCUACUGGCUGGAGGGGAUGAAGAUGUUGCAGCCAUCGAACUCCAGUGCUGCGAGGAACUUCACCAUGGUGACAGAGAAGACGGAGAAGGAACAGCAGGUGUGUUCAUCUCUGCCAGGGUCUCUGAACUAUGACCUCCUUCAGGAGCCUGAAUGAACACCAAGUGUUUAUACAGCAGAUACUUGCCACCUGAGUCAGUCAAAAGGAUGUUAACACCUGUAGCCUUGAGACCUUCUGGCUACCUGCACUGUAUAUACGCUUGUAUGUGAAGGUGUGUUCACAUGUGUCCGUGUGUCGUGUCUAUGCAGGUCUGUGUUCUCGUACUUUUAUCUUUGUGAGAACCUGUAUGAGUUUUUAACCAACAGGGUGAGGACAUUUUGGCCGGCCCUCACUUUGUUAAGCCUUAUUUUGAGGGUUAAAACCACGAAAUAGCUGGCUUAUUAUAAUUGGGUUUUACCUUGGUUAAGAGUAAAGGUUAGUCAUCUGCUGAGAUGGUUAGGUUUAGGGUGAGAGGCUGGGGAACGGAUAAUGGCAAUGAGAGGUCCUCACAAAGAUAGAGACACAAACGUGUAUGGCAGCCAAGUCUGCUCAGUCUGUGCGAUGGUCCAGAACAGAACCGUUGCUAGAGAAAGUCCUCCACCUUCACCAUCCCCGAGUCACACCUCCAUGUUCUCCUUCAUCAUGAACCCCAUGGCUUUUUCUCCUUGCGAGCUCCUCUCCAUGUGUCCAGACCUAUUAUCCUCCUCCAAACCUCUCCACACGUUCCUCUGAUACACUCCCACUAACAACCUCAGCAUCUUCACCUCCGUCUCCAAACAGUAGCUCUCACCACUCUGCUCUCAUGCUCACAUGACUGUUGUAACUGUGUCUGUGUGAGUGACGUCAGCGACGAUAGUGGAGGUUUAGUUCAGCAGUAACACGCUACAGAAAGACAGAUGGACGGA